AUGAAGUGCGGCACAUCCGGUUUUUGUGACGUUUCGUCGUUGUUAGGCGUUUGGGAAUCUCGCGUCAAGAAACAUCGGCAACGUCAGAAGAAGGAACAGGAAAGGAAGGAGAGGAGCGCCCUUGCCAGGAUUGAACAACAGUGGCAUUAUCGCCUCUACUGCAAGACGCUCACCACACAACAGCGCAACCUACUCAACAGCUACCUGCAAAACACACACUCAGGUACACAGACACCUGAGCUGAAAGUUACGGGAGAAGGUCAACGAGUGGAAGUUUUGGCCAGGCGGGACGAGGACGCUGACGAGGACGCCUUGUUGUUCCGUCUGUCGGGUGAGCAGUGGAAGGAUUUCCCGAAGGAUCUCGAGUGGAAGACAUUUUUGCUCGAGUGGCACGUGAGCGACACUAAAAUCCAGAAGCUUCCGGACUACUUGGCAUCCUUUAGCCUCCUGAGGGUUUUGGACCUCCCCAAGAACGAACUGUGCGAGCUUCCCCCCGGCAUCGGCCAACUUGGCGAGUUGCGGCAACUGAACGUCAGCUACAACCGACUGUCCCGCGUUCCCGCCGAACUCGGGAUGUGCGAGAACCUGGAACGGCUGGAACUCUGCGGAAAUCGUCACCUCUCCGAGCUACCUUUUGAGCUGAGCUCUCUGAAACGUUUGGUCCACCUGGACAUAGCGGAGAACGGGUUUUUGUCCAUCCCCGUGUGCACUCUGAGGAUGAGCGCUCUGCAGCUUCUCGAUCUCAGCGACAACCGACUCGGUGACCUGCCGCAGGACAUGGACAGGUUGUGCGAGCUGGUGACACUGUUCUUACACAAGAACCGUCUUUCGUAUCUUCCUCACUGCCUCACCAACAUCGCCACGUUGAGGAUGAUCGUCGUCAGCGGCGCCGAGCUCGUUUGUAUACCCACGCAACUCUGCAGCAACCCCAGGAUCAAGUUCAUCCGCCUGUAUGACCGUCCGACCAGCGACAAAAAAAAGAAGAAAAGGAAUUGGAGAACGAGAAGACAGGAACAGAUGAAAGACAGCCGAGAGAAAGAGUUCAUGGACGCUUAUGUCAGCAUGCUGAAGGACAGAGAUGACGUGCCCUACUCUACCACCAAAGUGACUAUUUCCUGUAUGCUCUAA